AAAGCGUCCAUGCUGGCUUCCUCAUCUCGGGGUGUUCUCAAACACAGUUCGAGGCCGUAUUUUACACACACGGUAGGAGACGCAUGCUUCAUAGGUCAAGUCCAUCGAAGUUUUACAAGGUGCCAGCAAUAUAGCACUACAGCAUCCUCGAAUAUUAGACCCUGGGCUUUCCACCAAGACAGUACUUUUCGGGGGUCAGUUAGCCAGCUCGCACGGUGCCAGUACGAAGCUAUCAGUCAUGCGAAGGGAACGAGACGACUCAUUCCGGAGCGCGUAAAGCCGGACCUCACUAUUUACAAUUCCCUGCUUGCAUGCAUCGCGGAGGAGGGUUUACCUUUGGAAGCGUGGGCUGUUAUCGACGACAUGAUUGCCGUGGGCAUUCUACCAGACCGCCAGUCAUACCAUCAUGCCUCUCGAUGGUAUCCUCUUGAAGCUACAUGGGAAACUUUGGAAAAAAUGGUCGACCGGGGUGUCCCACCGAACGAACAGACGUAUGCUCUGAUCAUCAAACGAAUAACAACCACGGAAGGCGUGGAACUUGCCCUGCAGUUCAUGCACGAGAUGGCCAAACAAGGUUUUACUCCGGACCUGACUGCCACGCAGGAUGUCAUCAAACUGGCCGCUCACUUGAAUUUUCCUAGGCUUGCCAUCGAUAUAGCACAGAAUUUUGAGGCACAUUCCGUCCGUAGAAUCGACAGUGAAACAUGGAUUUCUUGUCUUGUCUCUUCAGCAGAGUUGUUUUAUGCAGACGGAGUUCAGAAGUGCUGGGAGAAAGCUAUUCAUGAAAUGAACCUGACUCCUGACGAGGGUACCUGUAUUGCCGUCCUUCAUACAUGCGCGCGUCAUGGCCUUUCGGACCUGGCAACAGACGUCAUUCGCGUCCUCCGAUCCAUUGGUGUCGAUUGGCAGGAACACCACUUUGCCCCGCUUCUUGAAGCCUUUGCCAGAGUCGGAAAAUUGAAAGAAGCAUUCGGCACGCUACAUUUACUCCGUAGCAACGGCAUAGUGCCGCUUCCCGAGACAACUCAACCCAUAACAAACAUCCUGAAGGGAGACGUUGACGCUGUCGAUGGGGUAUGGAAGAUCCUGGAUGAGUUACGGGACGAAGGUCACACCAUCGACGCCGCAGCCAUCAAUACCGUCAUCGAAGCGUCGAUCGCUCUUGGCGACCUCCAGCGUGCCGUAGGCGCGUACAAAGCGUUCCGUGAAUAUGCUAGCAAGCCAGAUGUUGAAACUUUCAACUAUCUGUUGCAGGGAUGUAUCAAUACCUGUCAUCGGGAACUUGGUGAUAAACUGCUCCUGGACCUCAAGCAGGCGAACGUCCGUCCGAACGCACUGACAUACGAGCGAACUGUUCUGCUUUGUCUUACACAACCAACCUAUGAAGACGCAUUCUUUUACUUGGAGGAGAUGAAAGCGCAGAAGAUCGUACCCCCAUUGCGAGUGUACGAUGCUAUCAUAAGGACUUGUGUAGUUGCUGGGGAUUCUCGAUAUUCGCUGGCCCUCGCGGAAUUGGAGCAGUGCGGGUAUACUUUAUCCAAGGAUUUAAUACGAUUCGUAGCUGCCAACAGAUCGUCUUCUUGAGAUGAUGCUAGGGGGUGUCUUUGAUAUACCGUCGUGCAAGAUGUAAGAGGCCCUUGGUGCUUUCUAGCAUCUACCGGUGCUCAGUUAGGAGGGCCAUUCAUGCGAGAAAAAGGGCCCACCCCAUCCGCUCCUUUUAGGUAUCUCUGCUGUACCACAACCACUGAGAACGAACGCAUUCCUUUGAUCGACUGAAGAAUUGCGGGUAUAUUUCUCAG